AAGCAUUUCUUUCGAAACUACCAGCAAGCUUAAAACGCAGUUUCCUUCUCGUUUCAAGUUUUUGUAAAUUAGUUGUCCAAACAUGUCGUUGAUUCCAAGUUUCUUCGGGAACCGUAGCAGCGUCUUCGAUCCUUUCUCCCUCGACGUCUGGGACCCAUUUAAGGAUUUCCCUCCCCCUUCUUCGUCACUUUCGCGGGAAAGUUCUGCGAUCGUCAGCACCCGUGUGGACUGGAAGGAGACACCCGAAGCGCACGUUUUCAAGGCGGAUCUCCCUGGGAUGAAGAAGGAGGAGGUAAAAGUGGAGGUGGAAGAUGGCAGGGUGCUGAAGAUGUGCGGGGAGAGACACGUGGAAAAGGAGGAGAAGAACGAGACACGGCACCGCGUCGAACGCAGCAGCGGGAAGUUCUCGAGGAAGUUCAGGUUGCCGGAGAACGUGAAGAUGGAGGAGGUGAAGGCUUCCAUGGAGAAUGGUGUCCUAACUGUUACAGUGCCUAAAGCUGAGGUGAAGAAGCCUGAUGUUAAAGCCAUUGAAAUUUCUGGCUGAGCGUUUACUAGCAGGUGCUUUCAUUGAUGUUUCUAAAAGCAACUAUGAAGAUUUGGAAGCAGCGUGUAUUUAUUUGUAUGCCAAGUGUUUGACAAAAUGUCUCUGUGUUUGGUUUUAUAUUUUCUAAUGCUUAUGUAAAUUUGGUGUCCAAUGAAUAAAACAGUCAUCUUUCUUCUGUGAUCGAA